UUUUUAUUCGUGUAGUGUAGAUGCUUAUUGAUACGCAUGAUUGAUAGCAUCACUCUGAAGCUGGGAUUUUUCCAGCUAGGUUACAUCUCUCAAAUCUCUAUUGUUCCAUUCCAUCUUUAAUAAUUUUGAAGUUAUCUACAAACCUAGAGUCGCUUUCUAGCAUCCCAAGAACUCAACCUGAAAGAAAUUUUUUACAAGAUUUCUUGCUUAGUCAUUCCACUUCCUCUUCUUUUGUCGUCUUUGUUGUCUGUUCUUUUACCCAGAUGCAAAAUAAUCUUCAAAUCUUUAUGUAACAAAUCUCACUACUUGAUUCAUCUGUUCUUUUGUAUGACUCUGGUCUAAAAAUCCUUCCUUUCUAACAUCUUGAUCUUUCUCACUUACGAAUCUUGUGCUCUUUUAAGUUUUUGUGGGUUUUCGUUGUCGAAACAGUAUCCUCAUCUACUUUUUUAAAAGAAGAUAAAACCUGUCUUUUAACUUAUGAGGAACCCAAGAAGGGGUUUUCGAGUUUGUGUACUAUUUGUGCUGAUUCCAUUCCUGUGUUGGGUGGAAUCAGUGAAUGGAAUCGGUGCUAACUGGGGAACACAGUCGUCUCACCCACUGCCGCCGGAAACAGUGGUGAGGAUGCUGGUGGACAACGGAAUCCAAAAGGUGAAGCUUUUCGAUGCAGACUAUGGGGCUUUGAGAGCUUUGAGUAAGUCAGGAAUUGAGGUCAUGGUUGGAAUCCCUAAUGACAUGCUUUCUACCAUGGCUAGCAGCAUGAAAGCUGCUGAGAAAUGGGUUUCCAAAAAUGUUUCAGCCCAUCUUACUAAUAGUGUCAACAUCAGAUACGUAGCGGUCGGAAACGAACCAUUCCUAGCAACAUACAACGGUUCCUUCCUCCGAACAACAUUCCCGGCUCUCCAAAACAUCCAAGCCGCGUUGGUCAAAGCCGGACUCGGGGCCAAAGUCAAAGUGACCGUCCCCCAAAACGCGGACGUCUACGAAAGCGGCGCCUCAGGCGUCCCAUCUUCCGGCGACUUCCGCGCCGACAUCCACGAUUACAUCUUCCAAAUCACCAAAUUCCUAAACGACAACGGGUCCCCCUUCACAGUCAACAUCUACCCAUUCAUAAGCCUCUACAUCGAUUCCAACUUCCCGGUGGAAUACGCGUUCUUCGACGGUCAAGCCACCCCGGUGAACGACGGCGGGACCACUUACACCAACAUGUUCGAUGCCAACUACGAUACCCUCGUGUGGGCCCUACAAAAGAACGGGCUUGCAAACAUGGGAAUCAUAGUAGGGGAAAUCGGGUGGCCGAGUGAUGGAGACCGGAAUGGAAACAACGAGUACGCGCAACGCUUCAUGCAAGGGUUUAUGAGUAGGGUAGCGGGUGGGAAAGGGACGCCGAUGAGACAAGGUCCGAUUGAAGCGUAUUUGUUUAGUUUGAUUGAUGAGGAUGAGAAAAGUAUUCAACCGGGGAAUUUUGAGAGGCAUUGGGGGGUGUUUUAUUAUGACGGGCAGCCGAAAUACGCCUUGAACCUUGGGACGACUGUGACCGGGGCACUUGUGCCUGCCCGGAAUUUGAAGUAUUUGCAAAGGAAGUGGUGUGUGUUGAAGGAUUCGGUUAAGAUGGAUGACCCGUCGAUCGCGCAAUCGGUUAGUUACGCGUGUGCGCUUGGAGAUUGUACGAGUUUGGGGUACGGGACUUCUUGUGGUGAUUUGGAUGCGAAACAGAAUAUUUCCUAUGCGUUUAAUAGUUAUUAUCAGAUUAAUAAUCAAGUUGAUGAGGCGUGUAAGUUUCCUAAUGUUUCAACGGUUACUAAAGAUGAUCCAUCAACUGGGAGUUGCAGGUUUGGGAUUAUGAUCGAGCCUUAUUAUGCGGGUGCUGAUGAAAGACGUGCUUCUGUUGGGUUUCUUGUGGGAGUGGUUUUGUUGUUGCUUAUGGUUUUGUAGAUGACUUUGUCAUGUGUUAUGUCUCCAACUGGUGUGGUGACCUUAUUUUCAUGAAGAGUUUCAGUCUUAAAUUUUGAGCUCUUCGAUUUUGUAUGCCAACUUUUUGGUUUCUUUGUGGUUUGACUUUUGAGACUGUUUUUAUCUCUCAGAUUUGUGAUCCCUUGUGUAAAAAGGUCGUGGAACAGGGUAAAUUGCAGGAAAUAGUAAUGUAGUUUAUUUCUUUCGUAUA